UGGGAUCAUCUGAAAAACUGUCUUUACCCAGUUAACGUUUAGCUUGAACAUAGGGGAGGGGAUGAUAAAACACAAAUUUCCCAGCAUUCCUGGCUACUAAAAGGAGCACCAAGAUAGAGGACUGGGCCUGUGCUUUCUUCUCCUUAAAAUAGUUUUGCAGCUCAGCGGCACUGUGCAUCCAUGGAAGCGCACAUUCCAGCUCCAGUUCUCCGCAUCGUGGGCCCAGGCCUCCACCCCCACCAGGCCUAUCACCCUUCCACACAAGAGGCUGUGCCAGACAGCUCGUGGUGAUACACAAAGGCCAGGACUCGUCAGGCCUUCAGGAGGUGAUGAGCUGACAGGCUGACAGAAGCCAUUUGCCUCACACUUCCAUCCAAGGGCUCCACCGGGGAAGGGCUUGUCUCUGCACAGGUCUGAAGGCAGCGGCACAGGCAGACCGAGGCCGCAGAGAACCGCGAGAGGAGGCGCGCUUUCAGAAUCCCAAACCUGAAAGUUGCAGCCGGAGUUCACAGCAGAGCGCUAGGGCCCUGUGAGCUUUUAUGGCCCUCCAAGGUGGCCACAGAAGUUGGUUCUGAGUUUUUAAAAAGUACAGGGGGAAAAUUACAAGUGGGAUAAUUGUUUAGUCGUGAAAGUAGCGGCUAGUAGCCAACUGCAAGUCACAAUGAUUCGAGCCUUUGUUCAGCCGUCCACCCCCCCAUACCAGCCGCUUUCCAGUCACCAGUCUGAGGAAACGGAGGGGAAGUUCAAGGGCAAGGUGGUACGCGAAGCUCAACUCAACUGUUUCUACAUCUCUCCUGGAGGUUCCAACUAUGGGAGCCCACGCCCAGCUCAUGCCAACAUGAAUGCCAAUGCAGCUGCAGGGCUCGCUCCCGAGCACAUCCCUACUCCAGGAGCAGCGCUGUCCUGGCAGGCAGCCAUCGAUGCCGCCCGGCAGGCCAAGCUAAUGGGCAGUGCUGGCAACGCAACCAUCUCUACUGUCAGUUCCACGCAGCGGAAGCGGCAGCAGUACGGGAAACCCAAGAAGCAGGGCGGCACAACUGCCACGCGGCCACCCCGUGCUCUGCUCUGCCUGACUCUGAAGAACCCCAUCCGGAGGGCAUGCAUAAGCAUCGUUGAAUGGAAACCAUUUGAAAUCAUUAUUUUGCUGACUAUUUUUGCCAAUUGUGUGGCCUUAGCGAUCUAUAUCCCCUUUCCAGAAGAUGACUCCAACGCCACCAACUCUAACCUGGAGCGAGUGGAAUAUCUCUUUCUCAUAAUUUUUACCGUGGAAGCAUUUUUAAAAGUAAUUGCCUAUGGACUUCUCUUUCACCCCAACGCUUACCUCCGCAAUGGUUGGAAUUUACUAGAUUUUAUAAUUGUGGUCGUAGGGCUUUUUAGUGCAAUUUUAGAACAAGCCACCAAAGCCGAUGGGGCCAAUGCGCUAGGAGGGAAAGGAGCUGGAUUCGAUGUGAAGGCGCUGAGGGCUUUCCGCGUGCUUCGUCCCCUGCGGCUGGUGUCUGGAGUCCCAAGUCUCCAGGUGGUCCUGAACUCCAUCAUCAAGGCCAUGGUGCCUCUGCUGCACAUUGCCCUCCUUGUGCUCUUCGUCAUCAUCAUUUAUGCCAUCAUCGGCCUGGAACUCUUCAUGGGGAAGAUGCACAAGACUUGCUACAACCAGGAAGGCAUAACAGAUGUUCCAGCGGAAGAGGACCCUUCCCCUUGUGCUUUGGAGACAGGCCAUGGGCGGCAGUGUCAGAACGGGACCGUGUGCAGGCCCGGGUGGGACGGGCCCAAGCAUGGCAUCACCAACUUCGACAACUUCGCCUUCGCCAUGCUGACGGUGUUCCAGUGCAUCACCAUGGAGGGCUGGACUGAUGUGCUGUACUGGAUGCAAGACGCUAUGGGCUAUGAGUUGCCCUGGGUGUAUUUUGUCAGUCUGGUCAUCUUUGGAUCCUUUUUCGUUCUAAAUCUGGUUCUCGGUGUUCUGAGCGGAGAGUUUUCCAAAGAGAGGGAGAAAGCCAAAGCUCGGGGUGAUUUCCAGAAGCUUCGAGAAAAGCAGCAGCUAGAAGAAGAUCUGAAAGGCUACCUGGAUUGGAUCACCCAAGCAGAAGACAUUGACCCUGAGAACGAGGACGAGGGCAUGGAUGAAGACAAGCCCCGAAACAUGAGCAUGCCCACAAGUGAGACUGAGUCUGUCAACACUGAAAAUGUGGCUGGAGGUGACAUCGAGGGCGAAAACUGUGGAGCCAGGCUUGCCCACCGGAUCUCCAAAUCCAAGUUCAGCCGCUACUGGCGCAGGUGGAACAGAUUCUGCAGAAGGAAGUGCCGCGCGGCAGUUAAGUCCAACGUCUUCUACUGGCUCGUGAUCUUUCUGGUCUUCCUCAACACGCUCACCAUUGCCUCCGAGCACUACAACCAGCCCCACUGGCUCACGGAAGUGCAAGACACAGCCAACAAGGCCCUCCUGGCGCUCUUCACUGCGGAAAUGCUCCUGAAGAUGUACAGCCUAGGGCUGCAGGCCUACUUUGUGUCCCUCUUCAACCGCUUCGACUGCUUCAUCGUGUGUGGGGGUAUCCUGGAGACCAUCCUGGUGGAGACCAAGAUCAUGUCUCCCCUGGGCAUCUCUGUGCUGAGAUGCGUGCGCCUGCUCAGGAUCUUCAAGAUCACCAGGUACUGGAACUCCUUGAGCAACCUCGUGGCGUCCUUGCUGAACUCAGUACGCUCCAUCGCCUCCUUGCUGCUGCUCCUUUUCCUCUUCAUCAUCAUCUUCUCCCUCCUGGGGAUGCAGCUGUUUGGAGGGAAGUUCAACUUUGAUGAGAUGCAGACCCGCAGGAGCACCUUCGAUAACUUCCCGCAGUCACUGCUGACUGUGUUCCAGAUCCUGACCGGGGAGGACUGGAAUUCGGUGAUGUAUGAUGGGAUCAUGGCUUAUGGCGGCCCCUCUUUUCCAGGGAUGUUAGUCUGUAUUUACUUCAUCAUCCUCUUCAUCUGUGGAAAUUAUAUCCUACUGAAUGUGUUCUUGGCCAUUGCCGUGGACAACCUGGCUGAUGCCGAGAGCCUCACUUCCGCCCAAAAGGAAGAAGAAGAAGAGAAAGAGAGAAAGAAGCUGGCCAGACCGGCCAGGACUGCCAGCCCAGAGAAGAAACAGGAGGUGAUGGAGAAGCCAGCUGUGGAGGAGAGCAAAGAGGAGAAAAUUGAGCUGAAGUCCAUUACUGCAGAUGGAGAGUCUCCACCCACUACCAAGAUCAACAUGGAUGACCUCCAGCCCAGUGAAAAUGAGGAUAAGAGCCCCCACUCCAACCCUGAUACUGCAGGGGAAGAGGAUGAGGAGGAGCCGGAGAUGCCUGUGGGGCCACGCCCCAGGCCCCUGUCCGAGCUACACCUUAAGGAAAAGGCGGUGCCUAUGCCAGAAGCCAGUGCGUUUUUCAUCUUCAGCCCCAACAACAGGUUCCGCCUCCAGUGUCACCGCAUCGUCAAUGACACGAUCUUCACCAACCUGAUCCUCUUCUUCAUUCUGCUCAGCAGCAUCUCUCUGGCUGCCGAGGACCCCGUGCAACACACCUCUUUCAGGAACCAUAUUCUGUUUUAUUUUGACAUUGUUUUCACUACCAUUUUCACCAUUGAAAUUGCUCUGAAGAUCCUAGGCAAUGCAGACUAUGUCUUCACUAGUAUCUUUACAUUAGAAAUUAUCCUUAAGAUGACCGCUUACGGGGCUUUCCUGCACAAGGGCUCUUUCUGCCGAAACUACUUCAAUAUCUUGGACCUGCUGGUGGUUAGCGUGUCCCUCAUCUCCUUUGGCAUCCAGUCCAGUGCAAUCAAUGUUGUGAAGAUUUUACGAGUGCUGCGGGUCCUCAGGCCCCUGAGGGCCAUCAACAGGGCCAAGGGGCUAAAGCACGUGGUCCAGUGUGUGUUUGUGGCCAUCCGGACCAUUGGGAACAUUGUAAUUGUCACCACUCUGCUGCAGUUCAUGUUUGCCUGCAUUGGGGUCCAGCUCUUCAAGGGGAAGCUCUAUACCUGCUCGGAUAGCUCCAAACAGACGGAGGCAGAAUGCAAGGGUAACUACAUCACAUACAAAGAUGGAGAAGUUGACCACCCGAUUAUCCAGCCUCGAAGCUGGGAGAACAGCAAGUUUGACUUUGACAAUGUUCUGGCAGCCAUGAUGGCCCUCUUCACUGUCUCCACCUUUGAGGGGUGGCCAGAGCUGCUGUACCGUUCCAUCGACUCCCACACAGAAGACAAGGGUCCCAUCUACAACUACCGUGUGGAGAUCUCCAUCUUCUUCAUCAUCUACAUCAUCAUCAUUGCCUUCUUCAUGAUGAACAUCUUCGUGGGUUUCGUCAUUGUCACCUUCCAGGAGCAGGGGGAGCAAGAGUACAAGAACUGUGAGCUGGACAAGAACCAGAGACAAUGUGUGGAAUAUGCCCUCAAGGCCCGACCCUUGCGAAGGUACAUCCCCAAGAACCAGCACCAGUAUAAAGUGUGGUACGUGGUCAACUCUACCUACUUCGAGUAUCUGAUGUUCGUCCUUAUCCUGCUCAACACCAUCUGCCUGGCCAUGCAGCAUUAUGGCCAGAGCUGCCUCUUCAAAAUCGCCAUGAAUAUCCUCAACAUGCUGUUCACUGGCCUCUUCACAGUGGAGAUGAUCCUGAAGCUCAUUGCCUUCAAACCCAAGGGUUACUUUAGUGAUCCCUGGAAUGUUUUUGACUUCCUCAUCGUGAUUGGGAGCAUAAUUGAUGUCAUUCUCAGUGAGACUAAUCACUAUUUCUGUGAUGCAUGGAAUACAUUUGAUGCCUUGAUUGUUGUGGGUAGCAUUGUUGAUAUAGCAAUCACCGAGGUACACCCAGCUGAACAUACUCAAUGCUCUCCCUCUAUGAGCGCAGAGGAGAAUUCCCGCAUCUCCAUCACCUUCUUCCGCCUCUUCCGGGUCAUGCGCCUGGUGAAGCUGCUGAGCCGAGGGGAAGGCAUCCGGACCCUGCUGUGGACAUUCAUCAAGUCCUUCCAGGCCCUGCCCUAUGUGGCCCUUCUGAUCGUGAUGCUGUUCUUCAUCUAUGCAGUGAUUGGGAUGCAGGUGUUUGGAAAGAUCGCCCUGAAUGACAGCACAGAGAUCAAUCGGAACAACAACUUCCAGACGUUCCCCCAGGCUGUGCUCCUGCUCUUCAGGUGUGCCACCGGGGAAGCCUGGCAGGAUAUCAUGCUGGCCUGUAUGCCGGGCAAGAAGUGUGCCCCAGAGUCCGAGCCGGGCAACAGCACGGAAGGGGAGACACCCUGUGGCAGCAGCUUUGCCGUCUUCUACUUUAUCAGCUUCUACAUGCUCUGUGCCUUCCUGAUCAUCAACCUCUUUGUAGCUGUUAUCAUGGACAACUUUGACUACCUGACACGGGACUGGUCUAUCCUUGGUCCCCACCAUCUGGAUGAAUUCAAAAGAAUCUGGGCCGAGUAUGACCCCGAAGCCAAGGGUCGGAUCAAACACUUGGAUGUGGUGACCCUCCUCCGUCGAAUUCAGCCCCCCUUGGGUUUUGGGAAGCUGUGUCCACACCGUGUGGCCUGCAAACGCCUGGUGUCCAUGAACAUGCCUCUGAACAGCGAUGGGACAGUCAUGUUCAAUGCUACCCUGUUUGCCCUGGUCAGGACAGCCCUGAGGAUCAAAACAGAAGGAAACCUAGAACAAGCCAAUGAGGAGCUGCGGGCCAUCAUCAAGAAAAUCUGGAAGAGGACCAGCAUGAAGCUGUUGGACCAGGUGGUGCCCCCUGCAGGUGAUGAUGAGGUCACAGUCGGCAAGUUCUAUGCCACCUUCCUGAUCCAAGAGUACUUCCGAAAAUUCAAGAAGCGAAAAGAGCAGGGGCUGGUGGGCAAGCCUUCUCAGAGGAACGCACUGUCCCUGCAGGCUGGCUUGCGCACAUUGCAUGACAUUGGGCCCGAGAUCCGACGGGCCAUCUCUGGGGAUCUCACCGCUGAGGAAGAGUUGGACAAGGCUAUGAAGGAGGCUGUGUCCGCUGCCUCCGAAGACGACAUCUUCAGGAGGGCUGGAGGCCUGUUUGGCAACCACGUCAGCUACUAUCAGAGCGACAGCAGAAGCAACUUUCCCCAGACCUUCACGACCCAGCGCCCGCUGCACAUCAACAAGACGGGAAACAGCCAGGGCGACACGGAGUCGCCAUCCCAUGAGAAACUGGUGGACUCCACUUUCACCCCCAGCAGCUACUCAUCCACAGGCUCCAAUGCCAACAUCAACAACGCCAACAACACUGCCCUGGGUCGCUUCCCCCACCCCACUGGCUACUCCAGCACGGUCAGCACUGUGGAGGGCCAUGGGCCUCCCUUGUCCCCUGCUGUCCGGGUACAGGAGGCAGCUUGGAAGCUCAGCUCUAAGAGGUGCCACUCCCGAGAGAGCCAGGGGGCCUCGGUGAGUCAAGAGAUGUUCCCCGAUGAGACCUGCAGCGUGAGGAUGAGUGAGGACACCGAGUACUGCAGCGAGCCCAGCCUGCUCACCACAGAUAUUCUCUCCUACCAGGAUGAUGAAAACCGGCAGCUGACGUCCCCAGAGGAGGACAAGAGGGAGGUGCAGCAGUCUCCGAAGAGGAGUUUCCUCCGCUCUGCCUCUCUAGGUCGAAGGGCCUCCUUCCAUCUGGAAUGUCUGAAGCGACAAAAGGAUCAAGGGGGAGACAUCUCUCAGAAGACAGCCUUGCCCUUGCAUCUGGUUCACCAUCAGGCAUUGGCAGUGGCAGGUUUGAGCCCGCUCCUGCAGAGAAGCCAUCCUCCUACCAAGUUCCCCAGGCCAUGUCCCACACCCCCUGUCACUCCAGGCAGCAGGGGCAGGCCUCUCCAGCCUAUCCCCACCCUACGGCUGGAGGGGGCUGAGUCCAGCGAGAAACUCAACAGCAGCUUCCCGUCCAUCCACUGCAGCUCCUGGUCUGAUGAGACCACUGCCUGUAGUGGGGGCAGCAGCAUGGCCCGGAGAGCCCGGCCGGUCUCCCUCACUGUGCCCAGCCCAGCUGGAGCUCCAGGGAGACAGUUCCAUGGCAGCGCCAGCAGCCUGGUGGAAGCGGUCUUGAUUUCAGAAGGAUUGGGACAGUUUGCUCAAGAUCCCAAGUUCAUCGAGGUCACCACCCAGGAGCUGGCUGACGCCUGUGACAUGACAAUAGAGGAGAUGGAGAACGCCGCAGACAACAUCCUCAGUGGGGGCGCCCAGCAGAGCCCCAACGGCACCCUCUUACCUUUUGUGAACUGCAGGGACCCAGGGCAGGACAGGGCUGUGGUCCCGGAGGACGAAAGCUGCGCAUAUGCCCUGGGGCGAGGCCGGAGCGAGGAGGCGCUCCCGGACAGCAGGGCCUACGUCAGCAACCUGUAGUCCGCAGGACUGACCAGACGCGGGUGUUUUUUUAUUCGUUUCAAUGUUCCUAAUGGGUUCGUUUCAGAAGUGCCUCACUGUUCUCGUGACCUGGAGGUAACCGGAACAGCGUCUUCAUUCACUGCUGUCGGGACAAGCCUCAGAGCUGGGCGGUGUGCGGAGUCGGCUUGUCAGGGGAGAAGGCCAAGGCCGUGGUGCAGGACUCCAGCACCUUCCCGCGGCAGCACCGCCCAAAGGACCCCACCCCCCUAACCAAAAGGGUGUUUUCCCUUGCUUGUAUAAACAGUCAUUUGCACAUGUUCUGUCUGAGCCUGGCGGUCUCGAUGGAGCAGGGACCCAGAGAUCUAAGGCGGGAGUAGGCCAGUGCCCCAAGUAGGGGAGGUGGCUAUAAGGUUCCAGUAAUGCAGGUUUGGUCCCUUCAGGGACCCGUCCCCUGCAGGAGUAGACGCAGGUGACCGGAGCUGGUGCAGACCGCACCACCACCGCCCUCAGCUAGCCAGGCCAGGGGGCGCAGGCUGCUGCUCGGUGAUCUUGGUUUCACGGUUUGACGGUUCUUGUUAGCAUGUUUCGGUUUUCUGAGUUUGGGUUUCUUUAUUAUUUUGUAUUUGUUGUGCUUUCCCACGGGGAAGGGAGGAAGAAGAGCGUUUACAGUUGCGCAGCCUCACUCACCGUUUCCACAUUUGCGUUAUUUAAGUCGGAUUUGUUUUAUUAUAUUCUUCAAAUGGUGCGGUUUCCCCCACCCCUCUUUUUCCGAAACCAUGGAGCGAGGGCUCAAUAGCACCACAGGAAAGUUUACCUGCUCUGUGUAUGCCCAAUAAUUUGUUAUAAUUUCCUUAAGUAACAGCACCUUCCUCCCCCUUUCUUUCCGGUUUAGUUGACAGUCACAAUCUGCAGGUAACAGGGCUGUUAGAUAAAGUGUUGCGUGCCUGAGCGGUUGAACUGGGCUCCUUUCUAAGCUGGGUGUAUGGACAGGUUCAAGAGAGAGGAUGUAUGAGCAUCUGUGUGUCACACGUGUGUCCAUAGUGGGUCGUCUGUGUGUGUAUGUGUGUGUGUGUGUGUGCACCCACACGGUGCGUGCGCACCCUCUCCACCCCGUCCUCUCCACCCCACACAAAAGUCCAUAGAUCCCCGUUCCGGUUUGACUGCAGGGAGUUCUGAAUCUGGGGCUAUUCGAAAGCAAAAACAAAUCACUGUCUCCGCUUCUGCUUCUGAAACGAGAAUCGGUAACUGCAUUUCCUGUCCCACGAGAUAUGCAAAAGCAAUGCAAUAAUAUCCAUUUUAAAAUACGAUUGUGAGUUGUGUCGGCAUUAAAAUUCUAUUUUAAAAAACACAAAAUUUAAGGGAAAAAACUCAAGAAGACAUUUUGCUUCGAUAUAUUCUGUGUAAUGUUUUAUUGCAUUGAUAAUGUUUCUGUUGAAGAAACUGUUAUACUUGAAUUCAGGUCAGUUUCAGUAUUUUUCAAAUAUUUUUUUAAAAACUGAAUUGCAAUUGUGCCAAGCAAAUAUAAUGACUUAAGUUUGUUUUAAAAUUCACUUCUUGUAUAUUUUGCUGCAUGUAAAGUAAAUCAUUUUGUAUUUGGAGUGUAACAAGCUUUCCCUUUGAACUCUUAAGUGCUUUUUCUACCUGCGGUUGGGGAGGAGAUGGUUUUCUUUCAUUUGCAAAGUGAACAAAGGUGUGCCCGGUGUCAGUCCUCACCCUGCUCUCCGUGGGAAGGUCUGGGAGGUACCUUUUUGCAUAUCUUGUGUCUUGUUCCCAUUCCCCUCAAUCUUUCCCAAAACCGUGUGGUAAGACAGUCCGUGCCACUUCUUGCUUUGCAAGAUCAGGCAUGUUUCAUCCAGCUCUUCACUUGCUGCCUUCUCUGUGGAUACUUGUUCAGGAUGCUCCUCUGGAGAGGUGGCUGACUUUGUCAAGCACUCCCACAGCCCACAUCUUAACUGAGAGGAUGAGGUGACAAUCAGGCUGGGGCAGAGGUAGGACAGAUUCAUCUUGGAGCCAUGAUCUGCCCAAACAUGGAUAGCCAUAGCCGUGACUAGAUUAAGGUGACUGGGUAGGCCUGUGAUCCUUCUAGAAACUAUCCUUUCCUUCCUCCAAAGCAGGAAGGCAGAAAAGCAAGGGAUCUUGAUGAAGGCGGGGACAUCGGGAUCUCAUAGGGAUGGAAGGAACAGAUCGCUCUGGGGAAAAUAAGACUCAACCAUUCACGCAGAAUUUACCUACGUACAGGAUAUCUUCUGGUCCCAGGGUCCUUCCAGCCUAUUUGGGGAAUUAUGUGAGAAUCUGCUAGAAAUUCAGCAAGGUUGUUCCUCAGUGAUAAUGCUCUCGUGGGCUAUUUCAUGAAAAUGUAGAGAGAGGCAGUGUUCACAGGUUAACCAGAGUCUAGAAACAGCAUUUCUCCUUAAAUUCCCGUGCACCGUCGACCCAGCAUCCUCUUCAGUACCAUAAGGGCUUCUAGAUAUAAGGAUUAGACGGCAUCCUUUGUCUUGUUUCUGAGACUGUUGAUGUGCCUAGAGUGACGAUGGAGAGGUGAGCCCUCUGAUUGGCUGUCUGGUUCUGGCAUGCAUCUGCCCCCUGGGGAAAGGUGGUGUUUUGAUUGUUCCUACCCAUAGACAUGCAUAGGCUGCAUACUCUCUCCUCAGGCUGCCUUGACUGCCUGUAGAAGCUUUGAUCUGCAUUGCCAGUCUUCUGACCAAUGACACACAGUACAGGCCAAGCUUCUGCAGCCCCUUCCAGGACUCUGCCCAGUGUGGCUCCCCAACUCCCCAGCCCCUCACCAGUCAUCCCCACAGGCUGCCUUCUCCUCUAUGGCCAAGAAGACCAGAGUAGCCUUUCAUGCAUACACUGCGCCCUGCAAGAGUGGCACCAUCAGGGACAAUGGGCCCCUGCCCUUUAUUGUUAGGAGGAAAGAAGGUUCAGUGCACAGUGGGGCUUUCAUGCUUGGCGUCAUGACCACCUACAUAAGACUAAUGCAUGCUGCCUGUGGCCAGGACAGAGAGGACAGUGAGUAGGAGAGCCACUGAACAGUACGCCAGACUGUCUCCUCCCCGCCCACCAUGGAGUUUUCCCAGUGACUCUUCUAAAUGGAACUGCAGGCCUUCUGCAAUCCCGGUAGCCCCUAGAUGGCAGGGAAUUGGCCCACAGCUGGGGACCAAAGGGACCAGAAGGAGCGAAGGGCUUGUACUUUCAUCUCCAUGAUUAGCUGUCUCUUUUAUUUACGCUCUGUUCCUAUAUGUGGCCAUUUUAUAUAGACAGAGUCCUGUUGGUUCCUUUCUGCCUAGUCCUAGAAGGUUCUUCAUAUUUUCAGGUUAAAAGAGAGAGACUUUCCUAGUCCUUGUUUGAUUUGUAAAUGUCUUCCCUCUUAGCUGUGGUUUCCAUCGUAACCUGACGAAUCCAAGGCCCAACUCUGUCAUUUACCUUCCCCUGGUACCAGACACCCUAACAGAAGGCAAUAGGGAGCCCUUCCUUUGCCAACAUCAGCACGUUUUUGAGAACAAAAAGGAAGUCAGUAGAAGGAAAGUGGCUGCUGUCCAGAGGCCAAGAGAUACACUCCACUGCUCCUAAAGGCAGGCCAAGAGAUCAAGGACCCAGAUCAAGCAUGGAGUCGAAUCUGAUAAUCAGGGCUUUUAGCCUUCUUAUCCCACAUUUCAAAUGUCACCAAGGGGAAGGACCUUCCAUCCUGGGUCCUUGAGUGACUGAAAUGUCCUCAUUCAGGAGCUAGAAACAAUUGACCUGAGGAAAGAUCAUCUAGCUUUCAGAAGAGCUACUCAGAGCCCAGGGAAGCCAAAACGGGCUGUAAGCAUUCCUGGUUGAUUCUGUCUUCAACAAAGCUCUGGCUCGGAAGCAGGCAUCAGCACAGAGAGAGUUAGAGGGGAGUGAGGGCGAGGAAAGGGUGCAUCCUGACCCCGUCCGUGUCACCUCGUCUUAUGGAAAGCCCUAGAAAAGGCCGAUGGCUCCAUAAUCUGCUUUGGAAGCUGUGAAAAAUGAAUUCCUACCCUGGGUGUUUUUCCAGCUAAAUCAACCUAGCUAGAGAUAUAUGGUCCCUACCUGACCAUUUGAGGCCCCUCCGCCAUACCUCGCCAAAGAGUUUGCCAAUGGGAAAGUGGUUGGGGGAACUUGGGUCUCCCUCCCCAAAGCCCAUGUUCUACAGCAGCUGCCAUGGUAGAGGUGUCCUAGAAGGUUGUGGGCGGGGAGGGGGAAGCACCCUAUCUAUGACGUCAGUAACAGGGACCUUCCCUUCCUUUAGCAUUUACUCCUCUUCCUCCUCCCCCUCCUCCUCCUCUGCAAGCCCAGUGAAGGGAACACAGAGGCAAAAGGAACCAUUUGCAGAUUCUUACAGUGUUUCUUAGGCCAUAGCCUUUCACCUUGUUAGGGAGACAGUUGAAACACACCACACACACACACACACACACUCACACCCUAAAGCACAAGUGCUGAGGUGUUGGCCACGUAGUAAUCUUUUGAGGACUGUGGUAAGCAUGUCCAGCCUGUUCAGUCUGUAGCUCUAUGUCCCAGAACAGCUAUGGAUGCACUCAGUGCAUGUGUAGGUGAUAUCCUAUUAUAACAGAAAAGCACAGAACACCUUUGAAGGGGAACGUGUGGAAGAAACUAGAACAGUUUCCAUGGGUGGAAAUGGUGACCGUUUAUUCAUCUACAGUGAGGAAACGCUACCACUCUUUUCCUCCUUUUCCUCCAGCCAUCUUAAGAGAUUUGAUCCGUACAGUACGUGAUGAAGGCCUGGCCUUCCUGGUAUGUGAGGAGGACCAGGUACCAUCUCGGAGAGGGAGUUGGAGUAUGUAGCUGGAUAUAUCAAGCAUUGCAAAUCAGUUCGAUACUGACAGUAAAGUCGGAAUUGAGAUUUUUCUGUUAUGUUUCUUCUAGGUCUCUGCUAGCAAUAAGGAAGGCAAGGCCAGAAAAUGCAAUGAAAAUAUGAAAUGUCAUAUCACCAGAGUCAACCCGUCUCAGAUGUGUAACCCCCUCUUCCCCACGGGAAAUCGUAUGCACCCCAGUUUCCCAGAAUCUAAAUGAAUGAAUGUAUAAAGGUCACAGACCAGGUGACGUGCCCUCUACUCCAGCAUAAAUGAGUCCAGUUCAUGCAAAUUUGCCCCCUAAAGCUUCCCUGCUGCUUCCCUCAGCAGGGUCAUUACACAGACGGUUUGGGAGAGACAGAGGCUAUAGGGAACUGGAGGGUAGUUUCUUUUCUUCUUUUCCUUUUUUGGGGAGCAGUGUGGAGGUACAGGGGGUUGAGCCAAGGUCUUUCCUUGUGCAUGCUGGGCAAGCACUUUAGCUUCUAUGUUGCCUCCUAAGACUUCCCAGCAUGGAGAACCACACCAAAGUUAAAAGCAGGGGAGAACCCUUGGGAAUUGAGGACAGGUGAUUUGUGAGCAAGCAGUCCCCGCAGAGGGCCCCUUAGAAGGCAUCACCGGGACUGCGGGCUUUAUGGGUCCCUUUCUGUGCCCCACCCACCCAGCACACAUCCACACCUGCAUCCCGUCCCCCAGACUUGAAACCCCCUCUCAGCCUUCCCGCCAGACCGUGCACCCAUCUACCCUGCCCAGCUCGGGCGUGAGCUGUGUUCUUGCCACCCCAAACAGCCUGGGUGGCAGGAGAACCACUGGGUUUACACACAUCUGUGACCAUAGCAGUUAAGAGCAACCUGCGGGGAAAGAAGCCAUUAGGAAACAGGGUGGCAGAUCCCAGGGGUGAACGCUGCACUGCCUGCCUCUCCCAUAAUACUGCGAUUCUACUUUGAUCUGCCAGUGUUGCUAAGGAAGACCUUCCUCCAUGUCAGGGGUCCACAUCACGCCGCGCCCAUCCCCCACGCGCCAUGUGUCUACUCAGUCCACUUCAUGUCCCUGAGAAAACCUGUGUCAUGUGCCAUGCCUGUUCCCAGAGAGGCACGGAAAGAUGAACAGGCUUCUGUGUCGCUCAUACACACCUGCACAUCCCACGCCUGCCCCUCCAGACUCCACGACACCACAGUCCGACUGUUGUAAAUAUUGUACAGUUUGUGAUCAUCCAAUAAUCCUGUUGUCAAAGGCCCUGCCUGCUGCGCCUUCUCCCCCUCGAGCGAGGCCAGGGAAUCUAGACGGGGAAACCUUCAAGGAGAGCUUCAGGGUCCAUCUCUGUGUGAGACGUUACUGUAUAUUCCUGUAAGAUUGCAUUUUUAUCUAAGGAAUGAUGUUAUUUAAAAAACAAACAAAAACGCAAAAAAGAAUUGCAAAUAAAUUUCUUAACAAUGUC